AUGUCCAACAACAGCUCCAUCACCCAGUUCCUCCUCCUGGCAUUCGCAGACACACGGGUGCUGCAGCUCUUGCACUUCUGGCUCUUCCUGGGCAUCUACCUGGCUGCCCUCCUGGGAAACAGCCUCAUCAUCACUGCCAUAGCCUGUGACCACCACCUCCACACCCCCAUGUACUUCUUCCUCCUCAACCUCUCCCUCCUUGACCUGGCAUCCAUCUCCACCACCUUCCCCAAAGCCAUGGCCAAUUCCCUCUGGGACACCAGGGCCAUCUCCUACGCAGGAUGUGCUGCCCAGCUCUUUUUCUUUCUCUUCUUUAUUGUAGGGGAGUAUUGUCUUCUCACUGUCAUGGCCUAUGACCGCUACGUUGCCAUCUGCAAACCCCUGCACUACGGGACCCUCCUGGGCAGCAGAGCUUGUGCCCACAUGGCAGCAGCUGCCUGGGGCAGUGGGUUUCUCACUGCUCUGCUGCACACGGCCAAUACAUUUUCCCUACCCCUCUGCCACGGCAAUGCUGUGGACCAGUUCUUCUGUGAAAUCCCCCAGAUCCUCAAGCUCUCCUGCUCAGAUGCCUACCUCAGGGAAGCUGGGCUAAUUGUGGUUAGUGUCUGUUUAGCCUUUGGGUGUUUUGUUUUCAUUGUGGUGUCCUAUGUGCAGAUCUUCAGGGCCGUGCUGAGGAUCCCCUCUGAGCAGGGACGGCACAAAGCCUUUUCCACGUGCCUCCCUCACCUGGCCGUGGUCUCCCUGUUUAUCAGCACUGGCAUGUUUGUCUACCUGAAGCCCCUGUCUGUCUCCUCCACAACCCUGGAUCUGGUGGUGUCAGUUCUGUACUCGGUGGUGCCUCCAGCCAUGAAUCCUCUCAUCUACAGCAUGAAGAACCAGGAGCUCAAGGAUGCAGUGUGGGUACUGGGCCACAAAGAGUGUGAUGGUUGGGUACGGCUUGGAGUGUACGUGAUGGUGGACAAGCCAUCAGCAUCCUCUAAGAGCCUGUGGUUUGGCUUGCUCUGCAUAGGGAAAAUGCCCCAAAGAAAAGGCUUGGAGAACCACACCGUUGGAUCUGGAUUCAUUCUCCUGGGAUUUUCUGAGCACUCCAGCCUGCAGGGCCUGUGCUUCACCAUAUUCCUGCUCAUCUACCUCGUGGCUCUCACAGGGAACAGCCUGAUUGCACUCAUCACAGUGCUGGACUCAAGCCUCCACAGCCCCAUGUAUUUCUUCCUGAGGAACCUGUCCUUCCUGGAGAUCUGCUCCACGUCAGUCACUCUGCCAAAAAUGCUGGUGGGUUUCCUGAUAGAAGAUGGCAGGAUCUCCUUCCUUGGCUGUGCUGCCCAGCUCUAUUUCCUGGUUUUGCUGGGCAGCAUCAAAUGCCUUCUCCUGGCUGCCAUGGCCUACGACCGCUACAUAGCCAUCUGUGACCCCCUGCACUACACCCUCAUCAUGAGCAGGGGUGUCUGCAUCAGACUGCUGGUGGGGUCGUGGGUGGUCGUCGUACCAGUGCAAGUAGGACAGACCUACCAGGUGUUCACUUUGCCCUUCUGUGCAUCCCGGGACCUUCACCACUUUUUCUGGGAUGUCCCCCCUCUGCUGGAACUGGCCUGUGCAGACACUUUCUGGAACCAAGUGAUGCUGUACACCAUCAUCCUGGUCUUUGCGAUCCUUCCCUUCUCCUUCAUAGUUAUUUCUUACAUGAAAAUUAUCAGGGCAAUUCUGAAAAUACCUUCAGUUCUGGGCAGACACAAAGCCUUUUCCACCUGCUCUUCACACCUCGCGGUGGUGACGCUCUUCUAUGGCUCAGCCACAAUCGUCUACUUAAAGCGAUGGUCAAGGGAUUCUGUAGACCCUGACAAGUACCUUGCCCUGUUCUACACAAUUGUGACCCCCAUGUUUAACCCUGUCACCUAUAGCCUGAGGAACAAGGAAGUGAGAAUUGCCUUGAAGAGACUCCUAUGGACAAAGUGAUACUACAGACUUUUAUGGCUCAACACGAUGUCAUAUGAGACGAGACGUCGGAUGGGAUUUAUGCGUCAUCAGUCGGUGUCUGAUGACAGAGCUGAUGCCAUCCGGCUCCAAGACGGACCCAAUGCUGGCCAAGGCCAAGCCUAUCAGCAACUGUGGCAGUGCCUCUGUGAUAACAUAUUUAAGAAGGAAGAAAAAGAGAGCGACUGA